UAGGACCUAUAAUACAAUAAAAGCAACAUCAUUUAACAUACCAGGUAACAAUAAAAGAAAUGACAGACGAGUAUUUAUAUGUACUACAAUGUAUCAGGAAUCACAAAUAGAAAUGGACAGAUUACUGGCUAGUAUAAGAAAUGUUUCGGUUUCAAAGCUUUUGAAAAGAGAAAACGUCGUUUUAGAAUCCCACAUAUUCUUAGAUAAUGGUGCUGAUGGACAAAAUAUUAAGCAGUUUGGUCUUCAGUUACUGGGCUUAAUUGAAGAAAAUUUACUUACAGAUAGAGAUCAAGGGGUUAUGUUAUAUACACCAUACGGAAUACAGCUUUCAUGGAAGAUUGACAAUGAAAUGCCGUUAUUUGUUCACUUGAAAGAUGUAUCUAAGGUCAAUGCAAAAAAACGCUGGAGUCAAGUAAUGUAUAUGAAGUAUGUUUUGAACUAUCGUUCGUCUAAUUUUCGGAAGUCAUCUGAAAAUAUGUCGAAAAAUUGCUCCUACGCAAGUUUGCUUUCUGUAGAAUCAAUGUAUUCGUCUAAUGAGAAACGCAAAGCCACUCAAAAUAAUUUGACAGUUCCUGACAACAAAUCCAAGUCGCUGAUAAAAGGUAAUGAAUCUGAGAUUACCAGUGUUGAAACAGAGACGAUAACCGUGCCCUACGUCGAAAUAUUUAUAGGCGAUACGGGCUCAAUUGAAAAGCUUUCGGUUAAAAAUGGAUUAUCAAACAGUAUAUACACCAUAACAGAUUCACAACAAAUAUAUCAUGAAGAGUUUGAAUUUGAUUGUGACGAUUAUAUUCUGGCAACAGAUGCAGACAUAACCUUUGUGGAUACAAGUAUCAUGGAUGUUCUACACGUGUGUGAAUCUGACCCGAAGAUUGGAGCGGUCUGUGGUAGAACACGCCCAAAAGGUGUUCAUAUUCACCCUAUUGUUUGGCUACAGAUGUUCGACUAUGCUAAAGAUUUCUGGACAAUUAAAAGUUCGCAGAACAUUAUUGGCUCAGUUAUGUGUUGUCCAGGAUGUUUUAGUAUGUAUAAACUGAAUGCUGUUAGAGAGAUUGUUGACGAAUAUUCGGGACCAGUAGAAAACAUGACAGAUAUUUUUACAAAAGACAACGGUGAAGAUAGAUGGAUGUGUACGUUAUUGAUGUUGAAAGGAUGGAAAUUAAGAUAUUCUAGUAAUGCUAGGAAUACUACGUUCUGCCCAGAAGAUACGUAUGAGUUCAUGAAGCAACGUCGUAGAUGGUUACUGUCAGAUUAUGCAAACGCCAUAUUGGUUAUUCGGAAACUCAGAGCCUUGCUAUCCACAAAUGAUGCAUUUUCUGUUCUUUAUGCCCUAUAUUUGUUGGAACUAUUUCUCAUAAUGCUUUUAUAUCCUGGGUCUACAAUCGUAAUGAUGAGUCUCGGUUUGGAAUUGGCGACUGGUGCACCUCUCAUCGUUGUAACUCCUGUGAUAGUUGCCAUAGUUGUUGCCUACUGCUUGAUGUUACUCAAUGAAGUCGUUCCAACAGUACAGUUGAUUAUCACAAAGAUGUUGAUCAUGGUCUUAGGAGCAGGAACAGUCUACAUAUUUGUAAUUUCUACUGUUAUUAUUUUUAAAGACUUGGCAAAAGGCUUCCAAGUUGGACAUUUCGAGCACGCAGAAGGUUUUUUAUUUAUGCUUAUACUUGGUAGUUACAUCUAUGGAGCUAUGCUAUACCCAACAGAUAUAUGGAUAUUGAUAGCGGGUGUCGUCUAUUUGUUCUUUAUUCCAUUUAUGAAUAUGAUACUACCUCUCUACGCUAUCUGUAAUAUUGUGGAUCAAUCAUGGGGAACACGUGAUAAUCAAACUGCCACUGUACCAAAAUUUCUUCACUUACCGAAAAUUAAACGGAGAAUGAAGAAACGACGGAAAUUGCAACAAGUUAACACAACGUCACUUAGAAGUUUGAGUGCAUCAUCUGUUAGUUUGAGUGACUAUAACCAAUCUGAAUUUGAAUUCUGGGAGGAACUUGUCUCCAACGUUGUCGGAUCGUCCGUAUCAAAGGGACUAUCAAACGAAGACAGGAUAUUAGGAUUGAAAAGGUUGAGAAAGAAGGCGUUGAUAUUCGUUUUUUUUACUAAUCUGAUUGGCAUAAUUGCACUUUUAGGGCUUUAUGCGUUUUUGUUGCAGACUUUUAGUAGAAAAUUCACAUUUACCAUUAUAAUGGCAGUAACUCUAGGGUUAUCACCCCUUAUUCAAAUAUCCGGUAGUACUGUGUACAGAAUUGAUGAUACCUUUAAUCGUAUAGGUCGAUGGAUUAAUAAUAUAACGUAAAACUGAAGAAAUCAGCAAUAAUAUAAGGAUUCAUAUUGAGAUAUCGAGGAUAUUUUACUGCUGGACGGAUGUUGUUACAUCGUGAUUACUUUUAACAUUCAUAUUGAAUUAAUUUCAACUGUCUACUUAUCGGGUGAAACUUUAUCUUGUAUCACCAUAAUUUGUGAAAAAGAGGCUAUCAAAGUUAAAGCAAGAAACAUUAUCUUGAAUAUUUCAGUAAACCCGGUCAUAUUUGGCAUAAACAUGAUCAAUCGCGUCAAAUGCUUGUUUCAUUUUCUUUCAUUUUUAUAACCAAGAUUGAGAUAAAUAUGUCAUUUAAGCGUAGCAUGUCUUCCAAACUUUUCAGAGGGAUAAUGUUUCUGUGAUGGGACUAUAUGUGAAAUAUGCCAAUUUAGUUCUUCAGCAGAUUUGCAUCAAAUGCAUAAAGUUUGAGGCGCAAAGGCAAAU